CAAAACUUGAAAAUCUUAGAACACCAUUAACCUCUCUUACGCUUUCACUUUAUACUCGUUGCAAUGGAUCUCCGCUCCUCUCCCAUUCCGAGCAAAACACAGCCCGUAAACCCGAAAAGUACCCGGAAGAGUAUAGUUGAUGUACCAAAAACCAAAACAAGGGAACCAAACAUUUCUAGGCAGAAGCGUGUAUUUGGAGCUGCUAAAAACACAAACAUCCCUAAAAAAGAAAUACCAAAUAAUCAUUUGAACAAACCUUCUAUAAGGUUUCCUCAAAAACAACCAAAGCCAAUUGCUUCAACAAAGAAUGUAGCUACAACUGCAAAAACUGAUGAGAUUUCUAGAAAGACUUCCCCUAAAAAGGGACAGCCAAAGUUGAAGAAAAGGGGGUUUUGCGUUCAAAAUCAACAAAACAUUUUGCAACAAGAGAAUGUGAAAAGUGUUGUUAGUCCAAGGACUCCAGUGGCGUCGCCUUCUUUAAUUAAGAGUAACAAGGCUGAAAGCACGCCGUACCGCACUGCAGAGAAGUGCAGCAAAUGCAGAUUUGAUAGGCUUGAGACUGCGUCUUAUUGGCUCGGACAGAUCAAAUUGGCCGAGUCAGUUGGGAAGCAUUUCGUUUCCGCUGCUUUCUUCAGCCUCGCUUUUGAAUCAAGAGCUGAGCCUAUCAGAAACCUUGGCAUAGAACUUAAGCGGUACUUGGCACGACACCGAUUCUUAUCUACGCAGAGAGAGUGGAGAGAUGUUUCUCUAAUGUAUAAAUUACAGAAAGAGGAAGACAAAGGCAGAAUUUCAGGUAUUGAAGAAGAUGGCGAAAGCAACAUCAACUUCGGCUGCUGUGAUCAGUGCCAGAUCAAUACUUUCAACCCCUGAAACCAAUUUGUAGCCAUGAAAUUGGAUAAUUAAGGCAUGUCAAUUGCUCUUGUGUGUUUUCAGGUAUGGUUUUUCUGUAAAUUGAGAUUUGUAACAUUGUAU